AUGCAACUGACAGGGCUUCGCGCCCUGCUACAUCCUGCCAUCGUCGCCACCAGAUACAGAACCCCAGCCCGGUCCCGAACACUAUAUCGAUCGUUUCAGACAUCAUCCAGCUGGCGGAAUACAGGUGCAAGUGCAGGUGCAGGGGCGGGCUCAGGCGCAAACAAUGGUGACAAGCCACCGAGUCAGUCGGCAGCUGCUGAGGAAGAAGAUGUACAACCACAAAAUGGAACCGAAAACUCACCAGGCCGUUCACGGGUUCGAGCCUCGAGUUCGUUGAAGAGCAGAAUAGCUCGCAAAAAUGCUGCUCCCGCACUACCCCCCGUCAAGCUCCCACAAGACUUCCUCGAUAACAACGUUACUCUUCACGAUGCAUGGAGGAGACCGCAGCUCCCAAUUGCCCUCGCCGAAGACGCCAAACAACCCAAGACGUCAUCUAUCUUUGUUGAUCCUCAAUCGGCCGAAAAGAACACUCGAGUGACGGAAUCCAACAAGGCACUUGAAGACUAUUUCGACACGACACUUAAUGCUUUGAUUGAGAAGGUCGAGGACCGCGCCAAAGAGGUCGCCGCUAUCGAGCCCAAUUCUUGCGAAACUGACGAGCUUAUUAAUAAGCUAGCGAGCCUCACUCGCGUCUACGAUAUGCUACUCGACUCGGCAUGGCACUUGACGGAUUCGCUUUAUCCUGCCCGCCAUGCAGAAUACACAUAUACUUCACGCCCAUUCUGGUGGUGGCACUAUUACAAGGACUUUGAUCGUCAGACUCAAGAGUUUCGCGACCAGUUUUUGUCAGUCCAAACUGCUCUCGACAGCAUUCUGGACUACGAUUGGAGACUUGACCACUCAUUGUCCCAGGCUAUUGCGGACCUACCCAUUCUUACCUUUUCCUCUAUUCGAUCAGCUCUCCGUCGUGAGUUGACAACGCCAGCCCCUCCUGACUCGGAGUCAAAAAACCUCAAGCGCCAAAUAACCAUCUUAUCAAUAUCUGGUUACAGCGGGCAAGCUAUAUCAGAAGCUGUUGCAGAACAUGCUGCCUAUUUCAACGAUGCUGAUUUGGUGCGACUGAAUGCGCAAGAUCUGUCUGUUGUAGUAGGAGGCUAUCUCGACCAGGACUGGGCGUACUCUCGAGGAUCUCUCUCCAACAUGGGAUUCCGGGCUGCAGAGAUGAAUGGAAAGCUUUACAGGGACCCUGACGUUGCGUCACGACCGGAGGAGGAGGACAAUGACCCUGAUACGGGCGUGAUCAAUAUCCGCGCAGCCGCAGGCUCGCUCGAGGAUGAACUCUCAAAGAUCAAGCAGGGUGGCUAUGAUCCGUUUGGCAAAUGGGAGAGUCUCAAAGUUGACAAGGUUUUGGAUCAAAUUACACAAGCCGCAGAGCUGAAGCAUGGCUCACCCCGCGAGAAACCGCUUAUCAUUCACAUUCAUGAUUUUGUGGAGCUUAGCAUGACACUCGAGGGAUCAAUGCUGAUAACAAGAAUAAGAAACCUGGUGGAUGCAGCCUGGCAACAAGGCUCAAAGGUUGCCAUUCUGGGGACUUCAUCGAGUGCGCAACCCUCAGAUGAGUAUGAGAAUAUGCUUCGAGACCUAUCGGCCGGGGACUUCGUCAUCUCUCGACAUAUUGACCCUCACCGCGCUCUGAGGCAACCCAAGCCGUCUGGCGGCUCGCAGAACUCUGAGAACCCCUUUCCCAUACAGGAAACGGACAUCUUUGUGGAAAACGUGCAAAACAUCAACCGCAUGUUGAAGUCAUUAGGGAGCCAACGCCUCCUUGACUUUUCUGACGCCCAUAUGAAGAUUUUCAUGCACGCUACGGAUACGCGGGCUCAAAUGCUCAAGAAAUCGAUUCUCCCUCUACCAGAAGUGUACAACAUCGCAUGCGCAGCAAAGCGUCAUGAAGAAGAAGCAGAAGGUGCUGCGCCAGGAGGAGUGUACGAGCGUCUUCUUAUGGGUCCCUUACGACAAAGACCGGGUCAGCGAUAUCUUGAUGAAUCAGAACAGAACGGGAAGUCAGAGGGGGAUGAGUUACAGAAGAAGGGUGAAGACUCACAAGCCAGUGGCCGAGCAGCUUUGAAGAUGAAUGAAUACGAGAAGCGGAUAUCCUCAGGCCAUAUCAAUCGUCAGAAUUUGAGAACAACAUUUGCAGAUGUCCAUGUCCCCAAGGAUACCAUCUCUGCGCUCAAGCUGCUCACAACUUUGGCCUUGGUGCGCCCUGACGCUUUCUCAUAUGGUGUGUUGGCCCAGGACAAGAUUCCUGGAUGUCUCUUGUAUGGACCUCCCGGUACAGGAAAGACCCUGCUCGCAAAGGCCGUAGCCAAGGAGAGCGGCGCAAACAUGCUCGAGAUCAGUGGUGCCACCAUCAACGACAAAUGGGUCGGUGAGAGUGAGAAGCUCAUUCGUGCUGUCUUUACUCUAGCAAAGAAGAUCUCGCCCUGUGUCGUGUUUAUCGACGAGGCCGACUCUCUGCUGGCCAACCGUAGCAUGCUCGGUGCCCGUGCAUCACACCGCUCACACAUCAAUCAAUUUCUGAAGGAGUGGGAUGGCCUUGAGGAGACAGAAGCCUUCAUCAUGGUUGCCACAAACCGCCCCUUUGACCUUGAUGACGCUGUUCUCCGCCGUCUACCUCGACGUCUUCUUGUCGACCUACCCCUGCAGCCUGACCGCACUGCCAUCCUCAAGAUCCUUCUGAAGGGCGAAACGCUUGAUCCUGCCGUAUCGCUCGACGAACUUGCCAAUCGUACGUCUUACUACUCAGGAUCUGACCUCAAGAAUGCCUGUGUCGCUGCUGCGAUGGCCGCCGUAGAGGAAGAGAACGAGGCAGCUGCACGGCACACGGGGCCCGAGCCUUACGAAUACCCUAAGAAGCGUAUAUUACGUCAGGAUCACUUUGACAAGGCUCUGCUUCAAAUUCCUGCCAGCAUCAGCGAGGAUAUGCAGUCGCUCAAGCAAAUUCGCAAGUUCGAUGAAGAGUAUGGAGCUAAGAAGAAGGGCACAAAGAAGAUGAUGGGUUUUGGCGUCGGAGCAGAGAAGAAACUCGCGGAUGCUGAGGAUGUGCGCAUACGUCGGAGUCCAUAA